GCGUACGAAUAUGCGCAAAAAUUCUAGAAUGUACGAAAUACAUUAUAUGUAGUAGCUCUAGAAUACCAAUUUUACCUUGUAAUGUAUAUUAAUUGAAGCAAUAAUUCAAUUUUUAUAUCAUUAAAUUACAAACAACAAGGUCGGUUUUUAAUGUGGAUAUUAAACUUUAUCGAUUUCCAAGAAUAGUAAUUUGAAACAAUUUGAACUUGGAAGAAUAUUCAGUAUUGUGAGUCAUAUCAUAAUGACGUCACUACUUUAAUUAAUGUCAUAUAGUUUUUCUAUUUCAUUCUUUUAGGCUGCAAAAUUACAAUUAAAAAUAUUUCAAAUAAACAAAAAUAAUCAGUUAGUGGAAAAUGAAUAGAUAAAAAUCCUUAUAAUCUCUGGAAAACAAAAUUUACGAGUAACGUUUACACUACGUAAGUCAAGAAAGUUGUUAACAGUUAACUCAUUACUGUUGCUGCAUAUGUAACUUAUAAGAACAUUCACAAGUAUUUGUAGGAUUGUACCAAUUGGAUUUUGUGAAGAGGAACAAUUUCGUGUGUAAACAACGCGUCUUUGUUUGGAUAAAUUAAUAGGAGUAAAAAAUUCCAUUAAAAAAUGGACUGGUGGUUCAUUGAUAAAAAACCUUCUAGACAUUGACGAAGUAAAAUUAGUUGAUUAUAUUUUUUGAAAUAGUUUAGUAAUAUGUUGAGUUUCAAUGAUGUCAGAAACUUCACAGUACUUAACAGCUGAUGCAGUUGACACAUCUGACAGUUGUAAUUGAAUGAAAAAUCCAAGCCAAUAAAAAUACUUUUUCAUGAGAGUCCAAAUAUAUGACUCGUAAUUUUUGAAUGUCGUGUGAUAACGAUGGCGAAUUUUGAUGAGUCUUUUAAUGUGAAACAUUAUUUAGGCCCAGAAAGCCUAGCAGAUUUAUGUUUUAAAACAAUUUGCAACAAUUUAGACAUUAUCUCAUACAAAAAUAACAAUGAAUAUAGAGUUUUAGCAAAAGGACUUGUGUUUCCCAGUGAAAUUUGUGAUAAAAUGAUUGAAUUCGCUCAUAAAAGUGAUAAUGUUGAGGUUAACGACUUUUUUUUCUACAUAUUUUCUGAUAUCUUUUCUACAAGAUUGAGAAAUGUCAAAGUUUCUCACAGCAGCAUUACUGAUAUUAGUAUAAAAAAAAUUACCCGUCAUCAACCUGUACACUUAGCUAUCAAUGACUGUGGCAAUCUCACAAGGCUGUCAAUCGAAUUCAUCAAUCAAGGAUCAAAAAAUCUCACGAGCUUAUCUAUUAGAGGAUGUCCGAAUAUUCAUGCUCACGAUCUUACAAAUUAUUUAGAUUUAUCAACAAACUACAUGAAAAGAGGAUAUGUUUUUAACACACCUCAUCUAAAGCAUCUUGCUUUGGAGUAUAUAAAAGUAGCACCUGAACAGUACCCUAUUCUUUUAUCUGGUUUAUCAAAUUUAACGUUUUUAGAUUUAUCAAAUGCAGCAAAUGUUGGCAAUUUUGAGUUUGUCUCUUUAGUUCCUAAUUUAGUUUCACUUUGUUUAUAUAAUGUUAAAAUUAGUGGAGAUGCUCAAGCGUUUGUUGCUAAUGUAACUCAACUAAAAAAAUUGAGGCAUCUAGAUAUCUCGCAUGCUAAUCAUAAAAAUGGAUACUAUAAUAAACCUAAUCAAAUUCUGGCUGAAUUAGUAUCUGGUUUACCAAAUUUGGAGUCAUUGGACAUUGGAGGUACAAAUCUGGCUGGCCGAGGAGUUGCUGAACGUUCUUUAACUGAUAAACCAACAAUGGAUUAUGCACUUUGCGAUAUUCAAGGUCUUGCGUGUCGUGUAAACAAUCCAUUGCAAUUUUUAGGCUUAUACGGAACACGUGACGAAGCUUGCAGAAGACAUGAUAUUCCUGCUAGAAUUAUCGCUGGAGAUGCAAAUGAUGAACAAAUUCUCGUAGCUGCUCGAGUGUGUAUAGAUCAUAAACAAGAUUUAUUGCAAAAAGUAUUAAACGAUUUAUAUCACAUCUUCAGACACGAGAGUUGUGAACGUUUGGAACAGGCUCUUUGUCUUAUUCUUGAAGCUAUGGAAAAACAUUUAAAUGAACGUCACAUUCAAAUAUCUGGAAGUGCAACUUUAUUUUAUAUUGUAAAAACGAAAGAAAUAAGUGGUUUGGUUUCUAAAAUGAAGAGAAGAAUAAUAGGUGCACUUCUCGCUGGUAUGUGUGCUCAUAAAGAUGAAGAAACAAUGAUGCGUAAUGGAUGUCUGGCUCUUUGCCAAUUUCGUAUUCCUCAAGAUGUUAUGUGGAAUUAUGAAACUCUUGUCAAACUGCUUCUACAUUCAACUCGACAUACUGAAUCAGAAGGUUUUGUCCAGCGAAUUGGAAUAUACCUACUAAAUUCACUAGCUUGUCAAGUUGAAGGCAGGAAAAAACGUUUAUUAGGAAAAUUGGGAUGCGUUGAAACAAUGCUUGAAUUAGUACAAUACAGAGUUGAAUGUGAUUUACACGAUGAUGUACUUGAAGUCGCAUGGUCAACCAUGUGGAAUAUGACUGAUGAGACGCCAGUUAAUUGUCAACGAUUUCUGGAUGAAAAUGGAAUGAAUCUAUUCUUACGAUGUGUUGAGCAAUAUCCUACAAAAGAAGAGUUACUCCGAAACAUGAUGGGUUUAUUAGGCAAUGUUGCUGAAGUUGAUUACCUUCGUCCUGAUUUAAUGCAGCGAAAAUAUGUUUCAGUGUUUUCCAAUUUACUAGAGCAUGACCGCGAUGGGAUUGAGGUCUCAUACAAUGCAACUGGAAUCUUAGCGCACAUGGCAUCAGAUGGUGUAGAAGCAUGGACAGUAGAUUCACCAACUCGAGAAGAAGUUCUUAAAAGAAUGGUUAAAGCAAUUGAACGUUGGGAUUUAUCCGCACAACGUAAUAUUAAUUAUCGAUCAUUUAUGCCAUUACUACGUCUAUUAGAUGUUUUUCAUACUCCUCAAUGUCAACACUGGGCAGUAUGGGCACUGGCGAACCUUACUCAAGUUUAUCCUAACAAAUAUUGCUCACUGGUUAAAUCAGAGGGAGGAAUAGAAAAAUUAAAUAAUUUAAUAUACGAUAGUAGACCAUAUAGCCGAAUAAAAGAUCUUGCUACAUCAGUUAUUUAUAAUUGUAGUUCAGAAAAUUUUAAUAACAAACAGCAGGAAACUCUAGAAUCACCAUCAGAAGUUGAUCUUGAGAAUUGAUGAUAAAAGUUAACAUUGGAAAAAAAACAAAAAAUUAGUGAAAAAAAAAAAA